UAGCGCGCGAGCACGCCUCGCAGAGACUCUUCGCCGACAAACUUCCCCAGCCCCUGGAAGACGGCUUGAAGGCCCCGGAGUGCGCCAGCGGCAUGUACAAAGAGACCGUCUACUCCGCCUUCAAUCUCCUCAUGCACUACCCGGCCCCCUCGGGCACGGGGCAGCACCCCCAGUCGCAGCCCCCGCUGGUAAGUGGCCCCAGCAGCCAGUGCCCAUCCGGUGCCUGCUGUCUCGCUGACCAGCACAAGGCCAGCCAGCCCCCCCACAGCGUCCCCCAACUCUCUCCUCUCUACGAACAUUUCAGCAACCCACACCCCACACAGGUCCCUGCGGACAUCAGCCAGAGGCAAGGAGUUCAUAGGCCUCUACAGACUCCUGAGCUUUCUGGCUUCUACUCCCUGACCUCAGGCAGCGUGGGACAGCUUCCCCACACUGUGAGCUGGCCCAGCCCUCCUCUCUACCCCCUGUCCCCUUCCUGCGGAUAUAGACAGCACUUCCCCGCCCCCACUGCAGCCCCUGGCGCCCCCUACCCCAGGUUCACGCACCCGUCCUUGGUGCUAGGCUCGGGUGUACCCGGGCACCCAGCAGCCAUCCCCCACCCGGCCAUUGUGCCUUCCUCGGGGAAGCAGGAUCUGCAGCCCUACGACCGCAGCCUGAAGACACAGGCAGAAGCCAAGGCAGAGAAGGAGGUUAAGAAGCCAACUAUCAAGAAGCCCCUCAACGCGUUCAUGCUGUACAUGAAGGAGAUGAGAGCCAAGGUCAUCGCAGAGUGCACACUCAAGGAGAGCGCUGCCAUCAACCAGAUCCUGGGCCGCAGGUGGCACGCACUGUCUCGGGAAGAGCAGGCCAAGUAUUAUGAGCUGGCCCGCAAGGAGAGGCAGCUGCACAUGCAGCUGUACCCGGGCUGGUCGGCGCGGGACAACUACGGGAAGAAGAAGAGGCGUUCAAGGGAAAAGCAUCAGGAGUCCACGUCAGGAGGAAAAAGAAAUGCAUUCGGUACUUACCCGGAGAAGGCCGCUGCCCCAGCCCCGUUCCUUCCGAUGACAGUGCUCUAGGCUGUCCCAGCCCCCCAGGCCCCCAGGCCUCACCCUCAUACCUUCUGCUAUCCCAUUUCCCCCCAGAGCUGCCUGCUAGCCCCAUGGAUCUCGUGCCAGCAUCCCCAGGCCUCUCUACUGCACUCAGCCUCCCAGCCUUGGGAACUGCCCCACCGGCCCCCUGCGGCGUCCUACAGAGCACACAAGUACAGCAACAGGAACCUCAUAGACAGGCAGCCUAGCACACGCAGAACCACCUCUGGGCUCCUCCAGGGGCUCAGCUCCAGCCUCAAGGGAGAGCAGAGCCUCAAAUCAUGUGGAAACCAGCUAGGGGCCUGUUAACCCCUCAGGAUCCAGGCCAAGAGGCAGAACUGCCUGAACCUGAGGCCAGCAAUUUCAAGUGCUCAAGUGAUGGGCCCACCUGUCCAGAUGGGACCGUGUAGGGCAUCCUAAUGACUAUGGCAUCCUGCAUCUGUUUUUUUCUUUCCACUCAGACUCAUUGUUUAUUUAAAGAGGGAAACAGCUAGAUAUGUCAGCUAAUCUUUCACUGGCUUUUGGGAGGCUCUGUGAUCACUGUUGUCUGGCAGCUGCACUCCCAUGCUCUGUAAGAGAUUUGAGGCAGGCCCUGCCAGUCCAGCUUGGGAGCUGUAGGAUUCCAAUAUAUUUGAAACCAGGUUCAGGUCUACAUCCACUGGGGCCAGAACA